AUGACGGUGACCACAACAACAGAUCGGAAUUCCGGAAAUGCAUAUGAAGUUGGCGCGACGGUGGAUUACACUUGUAACGCCGGCAGCCUUCUUAUAGGACCGUCGACUCGUACAUGCCUCGAUACUGGCUUCUACAACGAGUUUCCACCGGUGUGCAAAAGCAUCAAGUGCGGUUAUCCAGCGAACAUAAAACACGGAGGUUACACACUUAUCAACAAUACCGUUAGUUAUCUCAGUCAGGUGCUUUAUUCCUGCGAUGAAGGAUACGAGAUGACUGAUAAGAAACAAUUUGUUCCGAUUACAGGUCGUGCAAGACUGACAUGCGAUAUCGAUGAGCGCUGGAACGGACCGCCACCACGUUGCGAGCCAAUUCUGUGCGAUCCUCCUGCUCCUGUUCCACAUAGUUAUAUUCAAAUCGAUGAAGUCGACGAGACCGAGACAGUACCAUCGAAAACGAACUUCAGUCGAAGUCUUCUCGUAGGCAGUAUCGUUACAUACACUUGCGAGAAGGGUUAUAGACUUUCUGGCUUCCGACAAAUAUUAUGCUUGCCUACUGGCUUAUAUGAUCAUGUCGCACCCACUUGUACGGAACCUAUAACCAGCAGAACCCGACACACAUUCCUACCACCUCGAGUUCGAAUCACAACAAUCUCGACGACCACAACCACAACCACCUCUGUGCCACCACGAAGAGUGGCUAGCACCGCCGAAUUACCCGCGACGGUUCGGGAAACCAUAGCAAGGAAACCAAAUAUUGGUCUUCAGAGACCAGCACCGCCUCCGUCGCCACCUUUGAACGACGACACCAACGAUCAUCCUCAGGACAAUGAAAUUUCUGGCAGUGGAGUGGACAAUGCUCAGGCUGGCAUUGGAACUGGUGUUCCUGAACCUUCUGGACCUUUCAGGGUGGACAACGCCGACCAGUCGAGUAACACUCAUCAAGCAAAAUUAAAUCUAGGCGCGGUGAUCGCCUUGGGUGUCUUCGGUGGUUUCGUAUUCCUUGCUGCUGUAAUCACCACCGUUGUAAUACUCAUACGCAGAAAUCGCGGUAGAAGCAGCAAGCAUUACCGACACCGUGCAUCUCCAGAUUGCAAUACCGUGGCCAGCUUUGGAAGCAGUUCCUCUGAGAGUCGAGGAGGACUGAAUCGAUAUUACCGUCAAGCUUGGGAAAAUCUGCAUGAGACGGCCGGUCAUAAGACCAAUCAUCCUCCUCUUCGUCGCAAGGAGACCCUGGAUGAACCAGGAUACCGAGAAAAUUACCGUGGCAACAACACCGAGAGAGAUGGUUCAGAAUUAGUUGUGAGCGAUGUAGCCACGUACCCGUCUAACAAGCACGCCAGCAUUUCUGACAAGAAACGCCAUCAUCAUCAUCAUCAUCAUCAUCACGGUAACUCUACGCCCGAGUGGAGGCAGUCUCAGUCUCAUCACAGAUACUAAACAUAAAAUCGGUUACCUAGAACCGCUUAUUUUUUUGAGAUUUUCGGUGAAUCGAUUAUUGUGACGAGUCGCGAUUAGAUCACGAGCAAGUUAUAUUUUUUAUGCUGUAUGCAUAUUUUAUAAAUGCU